AUGGCGCCAUCUCUCAUUGAGCCCGUUGUCGCCCCAACAACACACUUCACAGUGAAGGCCCCGAAGAAGGACCUGGCCGACAACAAAUUCGGAUACCAGCCCGGCCGCACACAAGUCAAAACCCACGACAACUAUGCAUACGAAGACUUCCUUCCAAGAUUCCCAGACGUCCACUGGCCAGCCCUAGAGGAAACACCCUACGAAGACAAAGGCCUGCGAGGAGAUCCCAAAUUCCGCAAUCUCCUCCGAGACGCCACAGGCGUCUUCGACCACAACCCCAAAAUCGGCACAGAAGUCCAAGGAGUAGACCUCUCAAAACUGGACAACGCCCAGCGAGACGAUCUAGCUCGCCUAAUCGCAUACAGAGGCGUCGUCUUCUUCCGAAACCAAAAGAACUUUGACAUCAACGCCCAGCGCGAUCUAGGCCGCUACCUAGGAAAACUACAUAAACACGCCACAACCUCAGUCCCACGCAAACCAGGUCUAGAAGACGUCCACGUCGUCUACACAGGCGAUAACUCAGGGGACAACCGCGCCCUCUUCACACCAAGCUUCCUCUGGCAUUCAGACGUCACCUACGAACUCCAGCCUCCAUCUUAUACAUCCCUCAAACUCCUCACCGGCCCCCCACGCGGCGGAGGCGGCGAUACCCUCUGGUCAAGCCAAUACGCAGCCUACGACGUCCUCUCAUCUCACAUGCAAACCUACCUCAAGGGCCUGACAGCUCUGCAUUCGGCAAACAUGCAAGCAAAUGAUUCCAAGGCUCUCGGCCGCCCAGUUCGUCGGGAUCCGGUUACAACCGAACAUCCCCUGAUUCGAACGAACCCGGUAACGGGCUGGAACGGACUGUUCUUUAACCCCGGCUUUGUGACGAAGAUUAUUGGGAUACCGUCUGCGGAGAGCGAUAUCAUUAUCAAAUACCUCACCGAUGUCAUUGCCACCACGCAAGAAAUGCAUGCUCGAUUCUCGUGGGGCGAGGAUGAUGUUGCGAUUUGGGAUAAUCGGUCUACGAAUCAUAGUGCUUCGUAUGGUUUCACUCCGCACCGCCGUCAUGCUGUCCGGGUUGCUUGUCAUGCUGAGAGGCCUGUUCUUGAGGAAUCUGGGAAGUCUCAGGAGGAUGAGUUGAAUGCGCUUUAUGGAUUGCCAGUUGUUAAUAAGGAUGGGUCGAGGCAGUCGAAUUAUAAUGAUUAA